AUGACUGACCUCUUACGAACCCUCAACUUCAAACUAGCAGAUGCCUCGGAUGAAUAUAAGCAAAGAAGGAAGAUCCAAAUGAUGCGCUUCAUGGCCCUGGCCGCCAUAACCAUCUUUGCCCUGAGGUUCGCCUACAAAGCUACCAUAACUCGACAAUAUGUGCCCACAUUAUUCCAAGGAAACCACUCACCGCCAUUGAGUUACAACUUCGCCACUGAUGCUGCAGUCGCCGUGGGUGCUGGUACUUUACUCUGUGGUUCUGUUUCGGGUAUGUUGAUCUUUGGUGGAUUUUGGUGUUUGGAUAUAAGCAACGUUAAGGAAUUUGGAUGGAGAAUGAAAUCACUCAUGGGUGGUGACCAAAAGGAAAAAGAAUUGAGCGAAAUGCCUAUGGAUGAAGAAAGUUCAUAUAUUCAAGACAGUUUGAAUGAUAUGUUGGAAGGAAAGUACGAUUUCGAUAAAAUAGAUGAUGAGACUGAUAAAAACUAG